AUCAGGGUUUGCCUCUUACAAUUUUCCACAGGCCGAUCGUUUUUGGUUACAAACUAGGAUUUUAACAUCUCAGCCUAACUAUGCCUUACCCAAAAGAAUUUCUUGACGCCCAUCACCACUUCUUGGACACUGGGAGCAAUGGGUCUACUUUUCACGAGUUCCUCGCUAAACUCGUUCCUGAUUUCUCUUACUUGGCAGUUGAUUACCGUCGCGAUGUUAUCAGUCCUCUGGAAAACGCAGGCGUCACAUUCCGUGGAAGCAUUCACAUGGAAUGCCUACCUGACGAUGGACUGGCCGAGGCUAAUUGGGUUAAUGCGAUGAUUGACGAUUCCCCAACAAGUAUCAAAGGGAUCAUUGCUUCAUGUAAUCUUGCACAAGAUACUGCUACUGUGGAGAACGAGCUCAAAAAAUUGUCGGAAGUUCGUCGUGUGAAGGGGUAAGUUGCAGGAGAAUAGAGCUAUUUUUAAAAAGUGUCUUCUAGCUGCUGACAUUUUCUUUGCACAGAAUCCGGUGGAUUUUGGAUUGCGUAGGAAAAUUCGAUGGCGGAAAAAACGCAACGCAUGUUGCUACCACACGGCACGACGGGAUCGACUACCUUAGAGGCAGCGACGGUGGAUACGAUGGGGGGAUGGUUCCGGCAUUUGAAAGGGGCUUUGCUCUGUUAGAAAAGUUCAAUUUCACGUUCGAUCUUCAAUGUGCGCCAAGUCAAUUGGUAGCUGCAUCGAAACUGUGUGCUAGGUAUCCCAACAUCAAGGUCGUGAUUGACCACCUUGGGAAGCCAAGAACGCUACUCGGCGCGGACACGGAAUGCAACAACAAUAGUACUCCCAAUCAGGAAGAGCUUGCCGUAUGGAGAGAGGGAAUGAAAGCAAUGGCCAACAAUAGGAAUGCAUAUGUCAAAAUUAGCAUGGUUGGAUACGCCAUACCAGGAUGGUUACGAACGGAGGCAAGAAUUGCACUGAUGAGAGAUCUAGUGAGAGAGACAGUGGAAAUUUUUGGGCCCAAAAGAUGCAUGGUGUCAACAAAUUUUUGGAAGGAUGCCGCAAUGAGUGACAGCGAUGGAUUGAGUGAUGUUGGUCCCGAAGCACCCCGAUUUCUAGAACUAAUGUAUGACUUUUUGAAGGGCUAUUCGGACCAUGACCUGGACCGUAUGUUCUGCAAAAAUGCAGCCGAGUUCUAUGAUAUUCAAAUGUUGUAACAAUGGAUUGAAUUUUAAAGUCCGAAU